AUGUUCGAGGAGUGCGUGGUAGAGACCGUCGGGUGUUGGGAGUCGAAAGUGAAAGCGCACUCUGUAAGUGCAGCCAAGUUGCGCUGUCGAGUUGUGAGGGAGAGGGGGAGGAGGGUUUGGGGGCUGGCUGAGACAGAAGUUUUUUGUGAGGCAGGCUCUGCGCUCGGCGAAGGCAGCGGCGCCAAACCUUAUUUGCCCGACCAUGACGCACGGACGGCAAACAGCACUUGUUGGCUUUGCGUAAAUGAUUAUUUACUUCAGCACUUUCACUCUGACAACGCAUCAAAUCUAGUCCACUGCAAGACUCUCUGCUCCAGAAAAGCCGGAGAUGAAGUGCUGGAAAAGGAGACAUCUCGUAAUCGAGAUGUGAGCUCCUUAUAUGGAACGAUCACAGUCAGCCAACAUCAGAAAGUGUUAAUCACUCACUUCGACAUCAAAGUUGGCGAUGGCCUGCGGGUAGAUGCAGGUCUUGACGCCGCUGAUGCCCUGCUGAAGCAAACUGUCGAGCCGGAGACUGCUAAUCAUUCUCAUAGAGCAAUCUCCAGCUUGCCGAUUCUUCAAAUCUCCCAUAAGAAAGUUUUGAAAGCCGGACUGUACUCGGAUACGUUCUUCCGGGACGACAUUACGCCAGUGCUCUUGACCUCAGCUGUUCCUGGGCACAUCCUUGUGUUAUGCUUCCUUGCUCGACGACGUCCAUUCGAAUGCAUAUUCCCAAGCCACUUCCCCGCUGCCGAGGAAGUUCAUCCGUCCAGUCUGCGGCCAUCAAGUUCAACGCGCAUAUGCAAGAGUGUAGAAGCAUGUUCUUCGGCGAAGAACGCCAUCCAAAUUCGCCCCGAUUACAGUCUGCCAUGGCUGUUGACCAGACUUACUUGGUCCAAUGCACUGAUUGUGCUAGAGAUCACUCUUGAGCUUGUGCUUGGCUUCGAAGAAAGACCCCAGAAGGCAGCAUUCCGAGACCCCAAGUCGAAGCACAUAUGCAGAAUGCUGCUUUUCGAGAAACAUUUGGAAGGCGUAGCUCCUGGACGGACUUUGGAGAGGUGA